AUGGCUCGAAAAACCUUGGUUCCUCCUGGACGGACGGACUGGAUACUUCCUCCCACGUGCUCAAAUCACUAUUUCAAACUCUCUUUUCGUGCGUACACCGACCCCUUAAACGUGUCUUCGACAUCUAUGAGCCCGCCUUCCAUUCCACCUCCCCCACCUCCCCCUCCUCCGUUGAACACCCCUCCUUCCCGUGCACGCUUGCAGUUGGCUGCUCGACUUGCAAUGCAUCAGAAGGGUACUGCGACGACCCAGUCGCAGUCCACUGAGAUCGAGAAUGGCGAUGACGAUAACGAUGACGACGAUAGCGCCAGGCUCACUAAGGAACCGGACAGCAUGUUGAAAGAUCCUUUCGCAGACGAUGCCGAAGACGACGACAGCGAUGACGGUCUUGGCGAUGAGGGCGGAAACGCUGGUUCGUGGAACGCCCACAGCCGAGGGAGCUGGUGGCGAAACACACUGUCACGGAAAGGCAAGGAAAAGUUUGGUGACGGACGAGAUGACGAUUCCGACUCGGACAAAGACGAUCAUGCAUUGGAGGACGAGGAAUUCGGCGACUUUGCCAUGCCCGAGGUAGACAAGGAAGGUAGUGGUGAUGCCGCUGCUGCUACAAGUGCGAACACCGUAGUCGUCAAACCGCUACCUCUCCACCCGCCUAGCCAGAGUCAGAAGAGCUCUGCGUUCACGAGCCUGUGGCCUUUUAGCAGCCAAGGCUUCGGGUCCAAGGAUAAGGAUAAAGACAAGGAGAGGGAGAAGUCCAAAACGGAUGACAGUGCUCCGGCUGCUGCGGUUAGCAGCACCGCUAGCGAAAGGGCCGCGUCGGAAGAGCCGGAUGAGAUCACGAGCGAGGACGGUUCAAAGAUCAAGAGUACCCACGAAGCUGCACGCCGAACUAGUAUUGAGGAUCCUGAUGAGGAGGAAGUUGUUGUCUAG